AUGGUUGAUAGGCUUCAAGGAUCGGAGUUUUGGCUGCAGUUUGAGUUCCUCGCGGAUGAGGAUCCUGUCAUGGAGAAGGAGAAAUUAAACAAAAAAAAACUAAAAUUAACACUUUCUCCCACAACGCAAUACAUAAACGAAAAGAUCAUUUUUCUCUGGGAGUACCAUUCAAGGAGCUUGCUGAAUUCACGACAAAGAGAGAAUUUGAGUCCUCUGAAUACUAGGGUUCAAAUCCGAAUGGGGCACUUGAACAUGGAGAAGAAAUGGGUAUUACCUCUUGUUAUAAGCUCGUUAGUAUGUGUUCUCCUUCUUGCUACCUCUUUCAAUAUGGGGAUGGUGUCCUCGUUGCGCGAUUCGAUCUUUUCAAUACUGCCAUCUCGUCUUACAACCAAUCAAGCCAGCCCUUAUUUUGCGGAGGCAAAGAUUAAGCAAUCACCACCUCCUCCCCGUCAUUCCAUUCCAAAAUUUGCCUAUUUAAUUUCCGGAUCAAAGGGUGAUAUAGAGAAGCUUUGGAGGACACUUCAUGCGCUAUAUCAUCCCUGGAAUUAUUAUGUUGUUCAUCUGGAUCUUGAGUCUCCUCCAGAGGAGAGACUGGAGCUUACUUCCCGAGUUGAAAAGGAUCCUAUUUUUGCAAAAGUUGGGAACGUGUACAUGAAUACCAAAGCAAAUAUGGUUACUUAUAGAGGGCCAACCAUGGUUUCUAAUACUCUUCACGCAUGUGCCAUUCUUCUCAAGAAACAUCAGGAUUGGGAUUGGUUUAUUAACCUAAGUGCUUCAGAUUAUCCCCUAGUGACUCAAGAUGAUCUUCUUUACACGUUUUCUAAGAUAAAACGGGAAUGGAAUUUCAUUGAGCACACGAGCGAAUUAGGCUGGAAAGAGGGUCAAAGGGCCAUGCCAUUAAUCAUAGACCCUGGCCUUUACCAGACAAAUAAAUCAGAUAUAUUUUGGGUCACCCCACAGAGAACGUUACCCACAGCAUUCAAAUUGUUUACUGGUUCAGCCUGGAUGGUCCUUUCACGUCCAUUUGUCGAGUACUGUAUAUGGGGUUGGGAUAAUCUUCCGAGAACCCUUCUCAUGUACUACUCAAACUUUCUUUCCUCUCCCGAAGGGUAUUUUCAAACUGUUAUCUGCAAUGCUCCAGAAUUUGUACCAACGGUUGUCAAUCAUGACAUGCACUAUAUUUCUUGGGAUUCCCCUCCCAGACAGCAUCCUCAUACUCUCUCCCUUAACGACACAGCAAAAAUGAUUGCAAGUGGUGCUGCCUUUGCACGUAAGUUCAAGCAAAAUGUACCUGUCCUGGACAAACUUGAUAAAGAAUUGCUGAGACGAAAGAACGGGAGUUUCACUCCUGGCGGGUGGUGUGCAGGUACCCCUCUUUGCUCCGAGGUUGGAAAUCCUACCCAGCUUAGACCCAGUCCAGGUGCUCAAAGGCUUCGACGUCUUUUAGAUGUACUACUUGUGUCAGCCAAAUUUGGUCAAAACCAAUGUAAUUAG